AUUGCUUUAUUUGCAAUUAUCAUCUCAUAUCAAAAUCAUUAUUUUACAUUUCAUUUUUGAAUAUAAGUACAUCUAAUCUAACCUAUUCUAUACGUAUGUAAUAUUUCAACUAAAAAUUGCUUCCAUAAAUGCUUGUAUAUUAGGUACAAUUAUGGUCUCAUCUCAAACAUUCUUAAUGUAGUUGUACUUCAUUCUAGUACAAAUUAGUUAUACAUAUGAAUAAUGUCUAAAUAUGUUAAUAAACUAGGAUAACCCAAUUGCCUAUAUCUAGAUAUAUGGUACAAAUAAAGAUUGUAUUUUUAUUUGUCUUGGAAUGAAAGACUGGUUUUUGAAGCCCAAGAAGGGUCUCUCAAGAGUGGUGGCUAUAAUCACUAGCAAGUGACCAUUGGAGCUUUGAAAUAGGGAUGUAGACUAAUCCACCGUCCAAAAGCCAAAAGAAAACUUCAUAAGCCAUUUUUUUAAUAGGGUAAGAUUUGGAAAUGGCUGCUCAGAUCAGUAGCAGUAAUACUAAUAAGCUCUAUUUGAAAGCUUUUGUCCUAUUCAUAUGGCUUAGUAGUGUCUCCACAAUUGGUCAGAGCCAACUUAAUAACAACAACACUUCAUCUAAAGAUGUCUCUGGCUUUCACUGCAGUACUAGUAAAAAUGUGUCAUUGAACAGAUGUGAGACAUUUGCCAUUCUCAGAACCAAUUCUCACUUCUCUUCUCUUUCAAAUUUGAGCUAUUAUUUGGGUCUUAAUCGGUUUGUGGUUGCUCAAGCUAAUGGCAUUUCUCCAGAGACUGAGUUUCUCCCCAAAGACCAGCCUUUAUUGAUACCAAUCAACUGCCAAUGCAGCCUUGGAUUUUUUCAAGCUCAGUUGGCCAAAAUUACUGUCAAAGGUGAAACCUUUACUGGGAUUUCUGAUUCUUUAGAAGGCUUGACAACUUGUAAAGCCAUCAAAGAUAAGAACCCAAAUGUCUCAUCUUUGGAUCUUGGUGAGAAAGUUUUGAACUUGCUAAUUCCACUCCCUUGUGCUUGUCCUUCUUCUGAACUUAGUCCAAUACCAACACCUCUUUAUCUUCUUACUUAUCCAAUUACUAAAGGUGAUACAGUUUCUAACUUAGCCAUUAAGUUCAAUACAACUAAAGAAGCUAUUAUCUCUGCAAAUAACAGAUCAUUUGGAGCUGUUAAAGAAAGCUUAACACCCUUUACAUCUCUAAUUGUCCCGGUUACUAGUAAGCCUGUUCUAGGCUCACUUGUCAAACCCCGCCAACCGAAUUUGAGCUUUUCGGGUUCUAGUAUCCCAGUCAUUAGUCCACACAAGAAGAAAUCAAAGAUGAGGAAAGUUGGACUGUAUAUUGCUCUUACUGCUAUCUUUGUAGGUGUUAGUGUAGCAGUUGCAGCAGCUUUCUUAGUAUUCCAAAUGAAGAAGAAACAGAGUUUAUCAUGCAAAGAAUCAGGUGAUGUAGAGCUUCAACAGCUAAGUUUAAGUGUAAGAACUAUAAGUGACAACAAGGUUUCUUUUGAAGGAUCUAUUCAGGACCCUCUUGAUGGCCAAACCGUUACAAGUACAACACCCCGAAAGGCGCUUGUGGAGACUUACACAGUUGAGGAGCUGAAGAAAGCAACAGAGGAUUUCAAUUCAAGCAACCAUAUUGAAGGUGCUGUUUACCAUGGCAGGCUAAGUGGGAAGAAUUUGGCUGUAAAGCGCAUUAGACAAGAACUCAUCUCCAAAAUCGAGUUUAAUCUCUUCAAUGAAGCAAUUCAUCACCAUCCCAACAUAAUAAAGUUGUUAGGGACAUGUUUGACUGAAGAUGGUCCUGAUUCAUUUCUGGUUUUUGAGUAUGCUAAAAAUGGUUCCUUGAAAGAUUGGCUUCAUGGUGGAUUAGCUAUGAAAAACCAGUUCAUUUCCUCUUGCUAUUGUUUCUUGACAUGGAGCCAAAGAUUGAAGAUUUGUCUAGAUGUGGCCAUGGCUUUACAUUAUAUGCAUCACAUAAUGGAGCCCUUUUAUGUCCACAGAAACAUCAAGAGCAGAAACAUUUUCUUAGACGAAGAAUUCAAUGCCAAAGUUGGGAAUUUCGGUAUGGUGAAGUGUGUACAAGACAACACAUCAGACCCUCAAAUAUGUUCAUCCAAUCCUGCAACUUGGAGCCUUGGCUAUUUAGCUCCUGAGUACAUUCACCAAGGAGUAAUCUCUCCAAGCAUGGAUAUUUUCGCAUAUGGGGUAGUUUUGCUUGAGAUUUUAUCAGGCAAAACACCAAUUUCUAGGCCUAAUGAGAAGGGAGCAAGUAGUGUUUUACUUUCAGAGAAAAUUAAGUCCAUAUUAGAGUCAGAAGAUGCAGAUGAGCUAAGGGAAUGGAUGGACAGCGCUUUAGGCGAAAACUACUCUUUCGAUGCAGCUGUUACAUUGGCUAAUUUGGCUAGAGCUUGCAUUGAAGAAGAUUAUGCUUUGAGACCAACAGCUGAGGAAGUUGUUGAGAAAUUGUCAAGAUUAGUUGAUGAGGCACCAGAAGGAGAGUGUAUUUUGAUGAGUGAGAGUUCUUCAAAACCUCUGGUUGAAGCAGCAGCUGCAGACAACAUGUGAAUAAAAUCCAAACAGAACAGAACAUGUUAUGAAUGGUCAUUUUCUAAUGUUUAUUUAGGCUUGUGGUAGUAACUGGUAAUUUUCAUGUAUUGUACAAACUUAGUUAAGAAUAUGAGUUGCAUAUAAUAAGAAAUAGGUUUUAAUUAUGUAUUCUCUGUUUUUGUGAAAUAAUAUUUGUACUACUUUU